GGGUCGAAAGGAGGAGUGUUUUUCAACCAGCUUUCUAUUGAUCUUCAACCUCCAUUUCCCUUUUCCCUAAGAUCAACAGGAAAUUCUGCAGAAGAGUAAAGCAAAAUGGGAAACUGUUACGCAGUGGGACCUAAUGAAGCUUUAAUUGUUUCUGGUGGAUGUUGUGGUGCAGAUAACAAGAAAACUGUCAGGGGAGGAUAUGCAUGGGCUUGGGCUUGUGUUAGCGAUGUACAGUCAAUAUCACUUGAGGUCAUGACACUGAAUCCAAGAUGUGAACUUGUGGAAACAGCACAGGGUGUAGCUGUAACAGUAACUGGUGUUUGUCAGGUUAAAAUCAUGACAGAACCCCGUCUUUUGAAGACAGCAUGUGAACAGUUUUUGGGUAAAUCUACACGUGAAGUUGAGAAUGUUGUACUUCAAACACUGGAAGGUCACUUGAGAGCCAUCUUGGGUACUCUCACUGUGGAAGAAAUCUAUAAAGAUCGAGAGGCCUUUGCUUCCCUUGUAAGAGAGGUUGCAUCACCAGAUGUCGGUAGAAUGGGUAUUGAGAUUCUGAGUUUUACCAUCAAAGAUAUUGUAGACCAAGUGCAGUAUCUAGACUCUCUUGGUAAAACACAGACAGCUAAGGUCAAGAGAGAUGCUGAUAUUGGUGUAGCAGAGGCCAACAGAGAUGCUGGUAUCAGGGAAGCUGAGUGCCAGAAACAAAAGAUGGAUGUUGUUUACCAGACACAAACCAACAUUGCUGAUUCUUCAAAGGAUUACCAGAUGCAAAAGGCUGCCUUUGACCAGGAAGUCAACACAAGAAAAGCAGAAGCAGAAUUGUCCUAUGAACUACAGGCUGCAAAGGAAAAACAAAAAAUCAGGUCAGAAGAAAUCCAAAUUGAAGUUGUUGAAAGAAGAAAACAGAUUGAGGUUCAAGAGAAAGAAAUCAUGCGAAAGGAGAAGGAAUUGAUUGCUAAUGUCAAGAGACCAGCUGAAGCUGAGAGCUUUAAGGUUGAAACUCUUGCUCAAGGUCGCAGAACUGAAACUGUUUAUGUUGCUCAAGCUGAUGCAGAAAGAAUAAAGAGAGUUGGUGCUUCAGAGGCUGAUGCUAUAGAAGCCAUUGGUAAGGCAGAAGCUGAGCGCAUGAGGCAGAAGGCAGCUGCAUACAAGAUGUAUGGUGAUGCUGCUAUGACAGCCCUUAUCUUGGAAGCUCUGCCUAAGCUUGCUGCUGAGGUAGCUGCACCACUGUCAAAGAUUGAGGAUGUUGUUGUUAUCAAUGAUGAUGGUAACAGUGUUAGUGGUGAGGUGUCCAAGCUCCUAGGACAGUUGCCUCCAUCUGUACAGGCACUGACUGGUGUGGACCUUUCACAGGUCCUUAAACAAAUCCCUGGUGCAAAGGUUGCAUAAUUCAAUUGUUUAUUAAUGUACUUUAGAUGUAAACAUGCUUGGUGUUAUAUAUAUUCUUAAAUGUAUUCAUACUUCAAGUAAAUCAACUCAGCAAUAGAUGAUUUUAAAUAAAAUCAUCUUGAUGCACAACUUGCUUAGCAGAAUGUAUAGGAGAAAAGGAGGCUUAGGGAAUAUUAGUCAAUAUUUUGUGAUAAUCUAUUGUUGUAUACUCUAAAGCCUCCCUUAAAUCCUAUUAUUUAUGCUAAUGUAUCAUUUAAUACCAUCAUUAUCAAAAAAUUGACAUUUCUUACCCCAAUCCUUUUGUGUCGGUAAUAGAGAAACCUUUUGCAUUUUUCUUUUAUAAUGCAAAAGGACAUCAGAACUGUUUUACUUUACUCAAAUUCAUUUUAACAUGAAAAUCUUUUUUUCUAUUUGAAAAUGUUGAAACAUAGCUUUUGCAAUAGAUUUUUACAAUAGCAUUAUUUUACAAAUAGCAAGUUAAGAUGGUUUUUGCAUUCAUAGCAUUUUUUCCCCUUAGAUUGAAGCCACACAAUACAUGUUUGCAUGUGUGAUACAUGCUGUAUUUAUGUUUUGUACUAGACUAAGGAUAAUUUACACUGUGGUGAUGUCAUUUAUAGACAAAUAGAUGUAAAGCUUUUGCCAUGUAAAAUAUAUACCAGCAAUUUUAGAUAAAGGCAAAUGUUAAAAGCUCCCUGCCAGAGUGAAUGCAAUAUUUUGUGUUUAGCUUCAUUUGCAGAACUAGAGCAAUUUUGUACUAUUUCAUUUUGUACAAUUUCACAAUUUAUUAAGUGCAUUAACUCUAGGGCAGCUGUAAUAAGUAAUGAUAAUCAAAACAGUACAAGCGCUGAGUGUGUGCAAAACUUAACAUUAUAUAGUGGUAAAAUUUUGCAGUGGUAUUUAUUGCACACUAUUGGUGUUUGAAUCUAUUUUGUGUAUCAUUAUAUAAUAUAUAUUAUCAUAAUCUUUCAUACACCAUACUCUUCAAUGAACCUACUGACUGUAGGUAUUAUUAAGUAGAGUAGAAAACCUAAUAUUGCCACUUAGAAAUACACCACUAAUUAUGUAUGAACAAGCUUGAUAAUAUUAAACUUAACAAGCUAGCAUC